AAACAAAGGUAGAGAAAAAAAUCUAAUCUUCAAAUUUCUUUUCUUUGUUUUCAAUGAUCCGUCAUGAAUAAAUCCUGGCAGAUUUAGAACGCACCGAGCAAGUGAAGCAGAUCAGAUCUGAAAAGGAUUAGUUUUAUUUCUCAGGCAAAUUUCCUCUUGAAAGCUACGGAUCUAUUACUUCUAUCUAGAACUGCUUAGUAGAGUGCUGAAGAUGGCAUUUGGUUCUCAUACUUUGAAUUGUCCUCACCUUGCCUCGUUACGCGCUUAAAAAGUGUUACUUGGCAGAAAACUGAAGAAAAAGCAGUUGGUUGUCACACUUUGGACUAUCUUCACCUUGCUUGAAGUUUGUUCAACUUGAGCUUAUCAAGAAUGGGUUGUGGGUUUUGUGAGUCUGCUUUUUCUAACUGCGUGGGAACACUGCUUGUGGAUUGGGUGGCGAAGUCAGUAGGACGUCAAUUUAAUUACAUUUGCCAUUUUCACCACAAUGUUGAAAAGCUCAAGAAAAGAAAAGAAGAUCUGAAAAAGGCACGGGAUCGGCUGCAACAUGACAUUGAGGAUGCUGAAAGGCAACUUCAAGAAAUUGAAGAUGAUGUCAAAGAUUUGCUAUCACAGGCAGACAUAAUCCUAUCUGAUGAAACUCUGGAAAAUGAAAUGCAACGAAAUAUGAGAUGUUUCAUUUGGUGUCCUAACUGGAGUAGGCAGUAUUGGUUAAGCAAGAAAGCAAUGAAGAACACUCUUGUUAUUGGUGAGCUUAUUGAGAAGAUUGCCAAGUUUAGUCAAACUGGACGAGUGGGCUACCGUUCACGUAGUACAAAUCCGACCAUAGAAUUUCUCUCAUCUAAGGAUUUUAUGGUUUUUGAAUCUUCAACAAAAGGUUUCGAUCAGAUAAUUGAAGCCUUACAGGAUGACAAGGUCAGCAUGAUUGGAUUGUGGGGGAUGCCAGGGGUGGGCAAGACAACCCUAGUCCGAGAAGUUGGAAUUCAUGCCAAAAAAUUAAAUCUGUUUGACAAAGUUGCGAUUGCUACUGUGUCUCAAAAGCCAAACUUUGAAACAAUUCAAGAUGAAAUUGCAAAAUACUUGGAUUUCGAUAUGAAGAAUGGCCAAGGAAGAAGAUCAAUCCAAGAGUUCUGGUUGAAACUGCAGAAGGAGAAAAGGAUUCUAAUAAUCCUUGAUGAUGUUUGGGCAAAAAUUGACUUAAAGGAGCAGAUAGGAAUUCCAUUUGCUGAUGAUCAUAAAGGCUGCAAAAUUCUUUUAACAACACGGCGUCAACAUGUAUGUUUUGCCAUGGAAUGUCAAAAGACAAUAUUUCUUGGUUGUCUGGAUGACCAUGAAGCUUGGACUUUAUUUGAAAGGAAAGCAAGUCUAGAUAACUCUUCUGAUGACGCUAUUAAACAUGUGGCAUCUAAAGUUAUCAAAAAGUGUCAGGGUUUGCCCAUAGCUAUAGUUACAUUGGGAAGUGCUCUAAAAGGGAAAAAUCUUCAUAGGUGGGAAGCAGCAUAUAGGAGACUCGAAAACCGCAGAUUGGAUGACAUAGAGGACAUUGAUGAAAAAAAUGCUUACCUAGUUCUUGAGGUGAGUUUUGAUUAUUUGAAUGAUAAGGAGACCAAGAUGUGUUUCUUGUUGUGCUCUUUAUUUCCUGAAGAUUAUGAGAUUUAUGUAGAGGAGCUGGUGAGAUAUGCAUGGGGACUAGAGUUGUGUAAAGGAAUGGGCUCAAUUGAAGUAGUGAGGAGCGAAGUGCUUGCAGCGAUGGACAUCCUCAAGGAUUCUUGUUUGUUGUUAAAUUGUGGAGAAAGGCAUGUUAAAAUGCAUGACCUGGUUCGUGACGUUGCUUUGUGGAUAGCAUCAAACAGAAAGGAGUUCUCUUUUAAGAUAAAAUCUGACGUUGUUGAAAUGUGGCCAAAAGAUGAAAGUUUUGAGCCUUUCGAAGCAGUCUCCUUCAAGACUAGUCAGAUUGUUGAACUUCCUAAAGGACUGGUACGCCCAAAUCUCAAAAUUCUUUUACUUGGUGGAGGUAGGAAGAUGACAGCUUCAAGUGAAUUCUUUGAAGGAAUGAAAGCAUUAAAAGUUUGUGCUUUGAAUUCUAGAUUGAUAUCUCCGGAUGCAUUUCAGUUUCAAACAAACCUUAGAACUCUACAUUUGGAAAGUUGCAAACUCUUGGACAUCUCAGUGCUUGGGAAGUUGAAGAAACUUGAGGUUCUUUCAUUUAGUCAGUCUGAUAUCAAAGAAUUGCAAGAAGAAAUAGGUGAUUUGGAUAAUCUUAAAUUGUUGGAUUUAUCAUAUUGUGUACAACUACAGAGAAUCCCUCCUCGUUUAAUACGAAGAUUGUCCCAAUUAGAAGAACUAUACUUGCAUGGUUGUGGAGGAAUAAAAUGGGCCACUGAGCGCACAGUUCAAGAAGAAAGCUAUGCCUGUCUAUCAGAGUUGGAUUCCUUGUCAAACUUGAUCGUAUUAUCUUUAGAGGUUUCUUCUGAACAUGUUCCAAGGGACUUUGUGUUCUGUAAAUUACAAAGGUUUUAUGUAUGUGUUGGCUUUGGCUUUGGCUUUUAUAAUUUUUAUCGAAGGAAGGAGAGGGACUCUGAGAUCUGCCUAUUCUCGAGAUCUUUAAAAAUUGAGGGGUCUGUAAUAGAGGCAUGCAAGCAGUUACUUGGGGAUACAGAAUCUCUUAAUCUGAAAAAUGUGGUGGGUUUCCAAAAUCUUGUUCCAAGCAUGGAGUCAGGCCGAGUGGUAUUCAAUAAGCUGACUUCUGUGGGUCUUGAGAGUUGCGAGACUAUGAAAUGUCUCAUUGAUACAACAAAGCAGCAGGAGCUAACCAUUGCGUUCUCUAAUUUGUUCAAAUUAUCUUUAAAAGAUAUGCGUGGUUUGGAAGAGCUAUGCAGUGGUCAUCAACCGCAAGGGUUUUUGCUAAAAUUAAAAACUUUGAUUAUAGAUAAAUGCAGGGACAUGACAUGUGCAAUCCCAAUUCUACAAAGUCUUGAAUGGUUGGAAGUUAAUUAUUGUGAUGAGAUGCAAGUGCUAUUUCAGAUUGCUGAAUUGAAGAGCAUACAACAAGGACCCAGUCAUCAUGUAAGCUUACAAAGUUUGAAGGUUGUAAGAAUAGAUAACUGCAAUAAAUUUAGAUAUCUCUUCCCAUCGUCUGUUGCUAAAAGUCUUGGGCAACUGGAAACGCUGAACAUAUCCGACUGCUUGGAAUUGGAAGAAAUAAUUCCCAAAACGGAAGUGACAAACAUCAAUCUCCAAAGUCUAAGGGAAGUACAUGUAAGUGGCUGCAGUAAGUUGACAUCUCUUUCCUCAUUGUCGCAUGGUCAAAGUUUGGAGAAUUUGACUACACUUGAGAUUAUUGAUUGCUCUCGAUUGGAAUAUACUUUUCCAAUCUCAAUGGCUGAAGGUCUUCCGCAGCUGAAUAAGGUUACAUUGCAAAGAUUGGCUGAAUUUAAAGGAAGGGAUGGAAAUGAUAUUGUACUCAUGCUGCCAUCUUUACAAGCGUUGGAAAUAAGAGAGUGUCCACAAUUUAUCAUUUCGACUAAAAUACUGAUUGCUGAAUCGAGGAGCAUACAACAAGGACCCAGUUAUCAUGUAAGCUUACAAAGUUUGAAGGUUGUAACGAUAGACAACUGCGAUAAAUUGAGAUAUCUCUUCCCAACGUCUGUUGCUGAAAGUCUUGGGCAACUGGAAAUGCUGGACAUAUCCGAAUGCUUGGAAUUGGAAGAAAUAAUUCCCAAAACAGAAGUGUCAAACAUCAAUCUCCAAAAUCUAAGGAAAGUAUGUGUAAGUGGCUGCAAUAACUUGACAUCUCUUUCCUCAUUGUCUCAUGGUCAAAUUUUGGAGAAAUUGUCAACACUUAGGAUUUGGGAUUGCUCUCGAUUGGAAUAUACUUUUCCAAUCUCAAUGGCUGAAGGUCUUCCACAGUUGAAUGAGGUUAGAUUGGGAAGAUUGCCUGAAUUAAAAGGAAGGGAUGGGAAUGACAUUGUACUCACGCUGCCAUCUUUACAAAAGUUGUAUGUGGAUGAUUGUCCACAAUUGACUCCUUUUAUCAUUUCGGCUAAAAUACAGGUGUUACAAUUUAAGGAUAUGGGAGAAAAGAAGAAAUCAUGCAAUAUGAUAGUUCCUAAAUUGGGACAAAAAUUACCAAACAUGGAAUAUUUGACCAUCAUUAAUUUUGAAGAGUUAUUUGAUGGUGGAUAUAAUUUUUCAAGUUUGAAGGAACUAAUAUUGGAUGAUCUACCUGAAUUGCGGGUGGCAUGGAAAGAUCCCAUCCAAGUUGUCAACUUUCAAAACCUCACUAAAUUGCACGUCUUUUGUUGCGGAAGGUUAAGAUAUAUCUUAUCACCUACCAUCGGUCGGAAUUUGCCACAAUUGAGCUCUUUACGGAUAUAUGAGUGUGAGGAAUUGGAGCAAAUUUUUGAAAAGGAUGGUCAAGCUUCAUCACAAGGUCAUCAUCUCCAACCUAUAUGCCUCCCUAAUCUGACUGAAAUAGAGAUUCAUAAAUGCGAAAACUUGAAAAGUCUCUUUCCGAUUAGUGUUGCUCAUGGCCUUUCAAAACUGCAGAAGUUAAUUGUUGAGAACGUCUCCAAAUUAGAACAAGUAUUUGAACAAUCAGGAGAUGAGGCAAAUGGUAGCGAGGAAAAAGAGAAAGUGAUACAGCUACCUUAUUUGGGCACCUUACAUCUUUCCGAGCUACCAAACCUUGUGAGGUUCAGCCCUGUGGGUUAUCAUUUCGUAUUCCCAUCUUUGUAUGAUUUAACUGUAAGAGGUUGUCCCAAUAUAACCACAAGCUUUAGUGUUGAUUCAGAGCAAUCUGGGCAUGCCAAAACAGAGGCAAUCCUAUCAAUUGAUGAAAAUAUAGUGGAAGAGUCUACUAGAGCUCAACAAAAAACAUGGCCAAUUGGUAGUGAUAUAAGCUGGUGUUCUUACAUAAAGGUAGCACACUUUUUCAGAGUACGGAGAUGAAGAAGUGAAUGUGAGUUUGAGAAGAUACCAGUAAAUGAGGCAGUUGCUAAUUUGCUGCAGCAUUUCACAAAACUUUGUGCCAACUUCAUAGACUUGCAGCCAAAAAUUGCGAUCAUAUUAGAACGCUAAUUUCUAUGAGGGUACAUAAGACUGCAUUCCUGAUUAUUUGUCUUUUUUUUAUCAGCUAAAAGUUUAUAGUUUGCUGUCUUUUCCACUAGCAGACUUGAAAACAAGGAUCUUUUAAAACAUCAAUGUGCACGUUUUAAUUGUCUUUGUGUUUCUGUAAGGAAGUCACGUGAAAAUUCAUCAAUUCUGAAUUUCAGUUGAAUAGCAUUUCUUCCUCCCUCUAGACAUUAGACAAAUCACAUACUAUUUUGUGGCAUAAGAAUUGCUAUAAUAAUUCCUUGCAUCAUAAUUUCAUACAAUUAGAUUGAUUUUUAAUUUUUUGCAAAACAGCUAGUCAAAACUAAGUUUCCUUAGUUGAUGUUCUAGAGGUUGCUUUAACUAAAGAAGGGAUCUUACUGAGUUAAAUACU